AUGGCCGCUUCUCAGCUCACCAUCCUCUCCGUCCUCGCGCUCCUGGCCGUGGCCGCCACCGCCCAGGCCCCAGGCGCAGCCCCCGCCGCGGCGCCCCAGGUCCCGCCUCCCCCGCCGGCAACCCCACCCCCGGCAAUGGCGCCCCCUACCCCCGCGCCGAUGUCGCCACCCCCUGCCGCGGCCCCGGUGCCCGUGCCCACCGUUGCCCCCACCAUGGCCCCCACCCCGUCCGCCAUGGCGCCGGCGCCCGCCGACUCCACCAUCUCCUCCCCUCCGGCGCCCACACCCGACAUGGCGCCCACCGCCGAGCCCACCACCCCGAGCAGCGCCGCCGGACUCCGCCCCGCCUUCGUGCUGGCCGCGGCAGCCGUCGCCGUCUACGUCUUCUAG